AUGGCUGGAUUGACAUUUGACAAUUACAAAAGAAAUCAGUAUUUAGUGAAUCAGGCUGGCUUCAAACCUCCGAAGGCAACAUCCACAGGUACGACUAUUGUCGGUUGCAGGUUCAAGAAUGGUGUUGUUAUUGCUGCAGAUACAAGAGCCACGACAGGUCCGAUAGUUGCAGAUAAAAAUUGCGAAAAGUUACAUCAGAUAGCACCUAAAAUAUGGUGUGCCGGUGCAGGUACGGCAGCAGAUACAGAAAUGGUUACACAAUUAAUAUCUUCAAACUUAGAAUUACACUCACUGUACAUGAACAGAGAACCGAGAGUUGUGUCAGCAAUGCAAAUGCUUAAACAACAUCUAUUUAGAUACCAAGGUUAUGUUGGAGCAUAUCUUAUCGUUGCAGGUGUUGAUCCUACUGGUCCACAUCUUUUCUCUGUUCAAGCACAUGGUUCUACUGAUGUUGGCUACUAUAUGUCAUUGGGAUCUGGCUCUUUAGCAGCCAUAGCAGUGUUAGAACGGGACUGGAGGGAGGAAAUGACCAAAAAGGAAGCCAUGGAUCUUUGUGCUACUGCAAUUCAAGCUGGUAUUUUCAAUGACUUGGGUUCCGGUUCGAAUGUCGAUAUGUGUGUGAUGGAGACGGGUAAGGAUGCUCAGUUAUACCGUAACUAUUUGACUCCAAAUGUGAGAGAGCAAAAACAGAGAAACUACAAAUUCGCAAGAGGUACAACUGCUGUUUUAAAGAAAGAUGUUUUUGAUCUCGUUGAUGUUGUGCGGGAGGAUGAAGUGCCUGUCGGUCCAUCUGACGCCAUGGAAACAGAUUGA